UCAACGAGAACGCGCCUCGUGGAGGGAGAGAACCGCACGAGCUCUGAGGCUUUGGGCCACACUUUCACUGCUUGUUCAUUUCCAAAGCAGCAGCCAGCUGUGCAAGGGCUUCUGAAACCUCCUUUUGACAGAGGUUCAAAGAGAAAUAUCACAACAAUUUUUUCCUGAAAAGGCCCUAAAACUCAAAGCAGCUAUGGCGCCUUCUCUCCUCCUGGCCUAUAGGAGGCGCUGGUGGAUGGCAGUGACGGCUGUGAUCGAAAACCUGCUGUGCUCGGCCGUGCUGCUGGGCUGGGGCUCCCUGCUCAUCAUGCUCAAGAGGGAGGGCCUCUACUCCCACCUGUGCUCAGAGAACGACUCGGUGGUCGUGUCCCUGGGCAACACCUCAGGCGGUGAGGUGGAGGAGUGGCUCAGCUGCGUCGACCAGGAGGAGAUGCUGAAUCUGGGCUUCACCAUUGGCUCUUUCUUGCUCAGUGCUACCACCCUGCCCCUGGGUAUCCUGAUGGACAAGUUUGGACCACGCCCAAUCCGCCUGGUGGGCAGUUCAUGUUUCGCCCUGUCCUGCAUCAUGAUGUCUGUGUCUGCCUACAAUCCUGGUGUGCUGUCAGCCCUCAUCUUCCUCGCACUUUCCCUCAACGGCUUUGGAGGCAUCUGCCUGACCUUCACCUCCCUCACGCUCCCCAACAUGUUUGGCAGCCUGAGCUCCACCAUCAUGUCUCUGAUGAUCGGCUCCUACGCCUCGUCUGCCGUCACCUUCCCUGGAGUCAAGCUGAUCUACGAUGCAGGUGUUUCCUUCCAGGUGAUCAUGUGGGUUUGGGCAGGUCUCGCUGCCUUUGUCUUUUUAAAUUGCUUCAUUAAUUGGCCAGCAGAGGGCUUUCCGACACCUGAUGAAGUGGACUACAGUAAGAUUCUGGCACUGCAGGACCUACCUGCAGGAGAGCAGAAGAUAGUGGCCGAGAGACUCAGUCAAAAAAAUGGGGAUGUGCGACACUCCACAGAGAAACUACCUCAAGGGCCUGACGCUGCACCUAAUGCCAUUCCCUUCCGCCGGUCCGUCUUCUCCCCCAUCUUCCUGUGGAGUCUGGUUACCAUGGGGAUGUCCCAGUUAAGGAUUAUCUUCUUCAUGGGCGCAAUGAACAAGAUGCUGGAGUUCAUGGUCACCCACGGCGACCCGCACCCAUCUGAUGAGCUGGUGCUUAAGGCAGAGGAGAACGUGAGUUUCUACUCAUCCAUCUUCGGCACGCUGCAGCUGCUGUGCCUGGUGACCUGCCCUCUGAUUGGCUACAUUAUGGACUGGAAGAUGAAAGAGUGUGAAGAGGAGAAGAGCCCUGCCCUGAGCACAGAGCAGAAGCAGUCCACUGGACCCAAGAGAGACCGCAAGAUCCAGAAGGUGACCAACGCCAUGAGGGCCUUCAUCCUCACCAACAUGCUGCUGCUGGCCUUCGGAGUCUGCUGCCUCAUAGACAACCUGCCUCUGCAGAUCCUGACCUUCAUCCUGCACACCAUGGUCCGAGGUUUCAUCCACUCGUGCUGCGGAGGCCUUUACGCUGCUGUCUAUCCAUCUAACCACUUUGGGACCCUGACCGGCCUGCAGUCUAUGAUCAGUGCUGUGAUCGCUCUGCUGCAGCAGCCUCUCUUCAUCGCCAUGGUCGGCCCUCUGCACGGAAACCCCUACUGGAUCAACCUGGGCUUGCUGAUCUUCUCACUGGCAGGCUUCCUGCUGCCGGGCUACCUGUUUUACCACCGCAGACAGCUGAUGAAGGAGAAGGAGGCCAGGGACAAGCAGGCCGCUGCCCAGGAGACUCAGGCGUUCAACCACGCCGAGGCCAACGGCUACAAACCCCACAGCAACGGCCACAGCGCCGUGGAGGUCUAGAGCUUCAUCACAGAGCCGAGGAUUGGGGAAACCGUAGAAUAUAUUUUUGUACGUGCCUUUAAAAUGAGCACCAGCAAUGUAGUCAACAGUAUAUACGUUAUUUUGAUAUUUCCAUUUUUUGGGGGGGUGGGGGGUGGGCCAGUGAAGCAAACUUUGCUUUGCAAACCAUGUGAUCUCAGAGCGAGUAGGAUGUCCUUUGUUUUAUCAUGACUCUGUCUUAGUGAUUAAGGUGUUGUCGCGUUGCAGCUGGACUGGGAGAGAGGCUGUGUCAUCAUCAUAUGUUGCUGUUUUUUAUUUUAUUUAUUUUGGUUUUAGCUCAACGAGCCAAAUUAUCAUGAUUUUAAAAGCCAUAGGAUUCACUCACAAGCACUCGCGCAAGGACACCUGCACGCAGCCUGGUGUGGCCUUUUUGUCACGCCAAGGCUUUUUCACGGUACUUGAAAGACUGUUGUAUAGUUUUCAAAGACUUGUUACAAUCAUCACAAUCCUCGCUAACACCAAAGAGCAGCACGUAGCUGUUAGAAAAGUUACAUUUUCACCGUCAGCUUUGUUUCAGAAGUGCGCUUCAUUAAGAAAACAUUGGUCUUUGUGCAGUUUCUACUGUAAUCCUCCCCACAAAAGCUAUCAUGUAUAUGGAUGAAACACACGUAGCAGCUAUGAGAGAAAACACAUGUCAAACUUUGAAUGAACAAACUGUUUGGGUAUUAUCAGCAUAUUUUAAGCUUAGACAAAGAGCUUCUGAAACUGCUCUCCUCUGUAUUAUCAUAGGCCUGGUGUUCACACAGACACAGACAUGCAGAGAUAGGCUGGUUGUAGAGACACCAUAACUACCUCUUCUGUUCCUUUUUUGUACUGUCUCUCUGCAAUCGAUUCCUGUGUCUGUCCCUUUCGCUUUUUAUAUUAGGAAACACUAAUUUGUCGCCUUUGGCUGUGAUUCAAUCAGUACGUCAUCAUUUUCUCCUUGUGCAUUAAUGUUCCCAAGAGGUGAAAUUUGAUUCAAUCCUCACAUUUCUGGAUUUUUUUUUUUUUUUUCAGUAGAAAAGGAUUUUUUAAGAAAUUUUACAAGGAAAGACAUGACUGAUUUUAAAAUUCAGACACCAUGUUUGUCAGUUACUGCUUUAUGCACAGAAAUGAACUAGUGUGUGUAUAAAAUAUGUAUUUAAGUGUCUUUUUGUACUAUUUAGCUGCAGUAGUGUUAAAAAAGGGAAGCGUUUGUUUUAGUAUUGGCAAGUUCAAGUGUAUUUAGAGCCCUACACCACUGUUUACAGUCUCAAAGGGCUUUAGAGGCCCACAAGUAUGCAACAGACGAAACAGGACGGCACCCCCUGACUUAAUCCUCAUAGCUGGCGAGAAAAAACUCCCCCA